AUGUCUGGCAACACUGCUACAAAUGAAACAGCAGUGGCAUAUGGCAACGCCGCAUACAAAAAUAGCGCGUAAUUUGUGCGUGAGAAAAAGAGAAAUUCUUCAAUAAAUAUGAGUAGCCGCAAGCACAAAGUAGCCGAAAAUAUUGAAAAUCUGUGUCCAGUAGCCAGAAAACGCUCGACGAGUAAGAAUAGUGCGGUCGGUGCAGCUGCUGUGUCCGCAACAAAAACAUCGUCGCUUUACGAGCACACCUCCUCGCCCUCCGUGCUCACCUUUGAGGCACUCGAAGAGAUGGGCAUCGGUAUGUUGGACUCGGAGGAGAGCAGCUCGUCGGCCCUCUCGGCAAUUACGCUGGCUGUGAGCACCACCAGCGACGAGAACUCCAAUGAGACGACACCCUGCACGAAUGUGCCACGCAUGGCACAUCAACAGACGCGCAUGAGUCUCAACUCGACGGCUUCGACGCUGGACAACAGCAGCAUCAAUAACAACACCAUUAUUGAGGUGUUCUGCGAGGAAAGCCAGGAGCGUUUGCUGCUGCAGUCAGCCGAGAAGCUGCACGCUCUGGCCCAGGCCAAGCGCACUGCGCUGGUCAGCAGCGAGUGCGGCAGCAAUUCCAAUUCGCCGAGCAAGCGCACCAGAAAUCCUCUGGCCACAGUCACAUGCAAUAAUCAAAUUGAGUCGUUGCUGCCGCCGCCGCCGCUGCAGCAGCUACAACAGACGCCUCUCAGUUUGCUGCCCUCGACCAGCAAGCAGGCGUUGUUGCGGCAGAAGAAGCCGACGCCGACGCCGCCGCCGCCGACGACGACACUGACAACCCGACUGGGGCCUACUGACAACUUCUUUGUCUAUCGCACGCCCUCGAUGAGCGCGCACAUCAGCAGCGGCAUCAACUACUUUGAUAGAUUGUCCGACGAGAUUUUGCUGGACAUCUUCAAAUGGCUGCCAAAGAAGACUUUGCUGCGCAUCGCAACUGUUUGCCGACGCUUCAAUUGCUGUGCGCGCGAUGAGACGCUGUGGACACGUCUGGAUCUGGGCUUGCGUACACUGCGUCCCCACGCCUUGGAGCAGGUGGUAAGACGCGGUGUUCCUGUGCUACGCCUGGCCCAGGCUGAUAUACAAGAUCCAGCCUUUACGUGCGAAUCAUCGACAGAUUUUCAAUCGCGUCUGCAAUAUUUGGACUUGAGUCUUGCUUCGAUUUCACUGAGCUCCUUGCGCACAUUACUAGCCCAAUGUCGUCAGCUAAGGAAGCUCAGUCUGGAGCAUGCCGAGCUAAAUGAUGAGAUUUGCUUUGAGAUUUCGCUGAACAGUUCGCUGGAGACCCUCAAUCUGUCCAUGGCCAGUGGGAUAACUGCUCAGAGCGUGCGUCAAAUGAUGGAAUCGCUAUCGAAACUGAACAGCCUAAACAUCUCGUGGACUGAUUUAAGCGCUGAUGCCGUCACCGCGCUGGUUACUCACAUCCCAUCCAAUGUAAUCCGGUUGAAUGUGGCCGGCUGCAGGCGUGUGCUGUUCGAUACACAUGUUGUAACACUGCAAAAACGCUGCCCGCAGCUGCUGGAACUUGAUCUUUCCGACUGCAACAGUCUGACGCCGGCAGCACUUGCGGCAAUCAUGAAAUUCAACAGUCUUGAGUAUUUGUCCGUGUCGCGUUGCUAUCUCAUACCCGCUGCUAGUUUUAUAGAACUCAAGAAGAUGACUUCACUCACCUAUCUGGACAUUUUCGGCAUGCUGUCGGAUGCCGCCAUGGAGGUGCUGGAGAAGCAAAUGCCCAAAAUAGGCAUUAACAAGUUUAUACAUAGUUCGGUAGGACGCCCAACUGUGGGCACGCGCCGUACCUCCAUCUGGGGGCUGCGCACCCGCGACUAAAGCUCCCAUCAGAC